AUGCGCAUCCUGGAUAUUCUGUCCGCCUUCCCGGCGCUCCUGCCGCUCGUCAAUGCCCAGGGUGAAUUCAAUUUCCCCUGCGCUCCUCUGACGAUUCAACGUUCCGAUCCCAUCGUCAAUCCCGGCGCACCUGGCGGUCAUACCCAUGCGAUUAUCGGUGGCUCGGCCUUCAGCCGCAGCAUGUCCAAUGAGGCUGCUCCCAAUGCGAGAGAUACCACAUGCGCUAUUGAGAUCGACCGUUCCAACUAUUGGCAGCCUCAGUUGUACCAUAUUCGAUCUGAUGGGCAGUUUGAGACUGUCCAAUUCCAGGGAUCUGUAAAGCCUUCCGCUUCCAUCCCCCUCCUCCUCGCCCCAUCCACCGCUGCCUACUAUCUCAACCGCGUCUGUGAUUAUGCUCCCGGAAAAACCUCCUGUGCUCGAGGCGAAUAUCCCAGGGCUCCUCCGGCUGGCCUCCGUAUCCUCGCCGGCGAUCCAUUCCUACGCUCUUACAACGAUACGUUUGAGAUGCGUGCCAUGUCUCAUGUCUGCUUAGCAGCGAGUGGACCAAGCUCCGAGACUCAUGCGCUGCCGACGCGCCCCUGCGCCCGCAUUCGAGCGCAAUCAUUCUUCCCGUCGUGCUGGGAUGGUGUGAACCUGGAUAGUCCCAACCAUAAAAGCCAUAUGUCCUACCCCGCAAUCGGCGACUACAACACCGGUGUCUGCCCCCAGUCCCACCCCAUCGCAAUCAUCUCCAUCUUCCUCGAGUUCUUCUAUGACACUGCCCGGUACUCGGACUGGGAGAACCUAGUGUACGCAAUGGGCGAUCGGACCGGAUACGGACUGCACGCAGACUUCGUCAACGGAUGGACCGACAUCAACGCGCUGGGCAAUGCGUUUAGGACCUGCUCUGGAGGAGAUCUUACGCUUAAUUCCCCCGGGUGUUCCAUUACGAAGGGGAAGCUGAUUCCCGCCGGACCUAAGAACCUUGAGGUCCCAGCGCCGCAGGAGGAUCUGGGGCUGCAGGCACCUCUGAGGGCUCUUCCGGGGAAUAAUCCCGUUACGGGGAAUCCAAGCGAUAGGGUUAAUUAG